CAAAUACAGGUGUGUUGUUCGCCAUCUUGAGUUACCUUAUUACACUUCUUGGCUAGAUCUGACAUCUGAGGUAUGGCUCAGUUGGCGGAGGGCAAAGAAUUUCUGCGUUACCUGAACAGUCAUUUCAACGGUCAACAGGUGUUCAGGAAGACCUCACUUAGGGUAAUCUACAACGAACAGUACACCGCCUCAAGACCUGAAGGUCGCCGCACAGGCACUUCCUUCAGCAGUGUUCUGUAUGUCUUGAGCCAGGAGGACAUAAUCCGAAUUGUCUACCGCCGUAAUGGGAACCACCAAGUCAACAUUGAGUAUUUCCCUACGACUGGAGGAGGGGUGGAAACGUCCACAGUCAACACACAAGAUGCUGACCUCUACAAUAUCUACCAUGCGAAUUGCACAGCCCAAACUUCUACGCGACAUGGAGGGAUGUGUAAUGUCUGCUCAAGGAGGGCUGAAGGGACGGAGUUUCUUAUGUUCCUUCACGAGCAACGCCUCACUACUGUCGUGUCCAAGGCAGCGCUGAAGAGAGUGUACGAGGUGCCCUACACCAAAUCCAAGCUUAACAGGAACUCCAACCGUCGGCCCGGCACGCAAUUCUCCCAGGUGUUCUUCAUGUUGCGUCGGCAGAAGAAAGUACGAGUCAGAAGCGACCGAAGUAUUGUCAUCACGGCGCACGAUCCUAAUCUUUCUGGAGACGGCGCUGAAGAAACCGAGAUUGCGCUUCCUGAGGACCCCGUACAGAAGGAACAAAUGCUUCUGGAGUGGAUGAAUGAGCAUAGAGGCAUCCUAGUGAGAGACAAGUUCGACAUCGAAGUCAGCUGCGAGUUGGACGGUGAGCAAGGGAAUAUCAUCAUCAACAUGGAGAGGAAUCGGAGGAGAGAUUCCGUCACUCAACUUUCUCUGAAGAACACGGGAUAUUUCGACGUAGUGUUCCUCGGAGGAAUGAUGAUGUGGAAGAAGCCACAGUAUACGCUCAAGGAUGCGCACCGGGUGACUAAUGGGGUACGGACACACACUAUUGGUCCAGGAGCUGAGUACAGUGUCGAGCUUCGCAUCCGCCCCAUCCGUGGAUACACCCGCCACUACGUCCCUGUCGUCUUUCAUUUCCGUCGGCAAGAGGACAAUAGGAACUUCCACAUCGCCAGGUUCUUGUCUGCCGGCGUCACAGAUGACGUCAUCCGCUCCAUGAGACCCACCCAGCCUUACUCGCCGCCGCAAGGGGGCGCGCCUGACGACUUCGACGAGGAAGUGGACGGAGUAAGACCCGAGCCACCUGGAAGAAAUGGACUGGAGAUGGGCCGGCUUGAUCAGUAUCCCAUUUCGCACGACGUUCGUAGACAAAUCAGGGCAGACAACCAAAAUCUAGAUGGACUCAGGACACAGUUGUCCAUUCUAUUCGGCACCUUCCAAGAGUACGGCACCCGGUUCGGGAAACUUCUGCACGCCGAAGAGAUCCAGAUGGAGGUGGACAUCAGGAUGUAUGAUCUGGAAAGAACAGUCAUGGGCAGGGACUCCAACCCCCGGCUUCUCACUCUGCAGGUUCCUGGAUUGGCCGAGAACCGCCCGUCCGUGCUGAAAGGAGACCACCUGUUUGCCUAUGAACACCCGCGAGGACAAGUCGGCACGACUCGGUACAAGGGCUACGUGCACCACGUGGAACUCAACCAAGUCAAACUUGGGUUCCAUCGACGACUUUUGGACAGGUACCUUCCAGGUAAAACGUUUGACGUGCGGUUCACCUUUAGCCGCCUGCCGCUGCAGCUGCAGCACAGGGCCGUCAGGACCGUGCCCACCAGGAACAUGAUGGAGCAGGUCCUCUUCCCUGAGGACUCCUCCGUGGGACUCUUCCCUACAGCCAGGGAUCCAGAUGAAGAUCUGAACUUCUUCGACCGGAUGCUGCGAGAGAACGAAGAGCAAAACCAGGCUGUGCGGCACAUCGUGGCCGGCACCUCCCGCCCUGCCCCGUACCUCAUCUUCGGGCCUCCGGGAACGGGCAAGACCAUGACAACGGUGGAGGCCAUCAAACAGGUCUAUCGACUCCACCCGAAGAGUGUGAUCCUCGCCUGUGCCCCCUCGAACAGCGCGGCAGAUCUCCUGGCACAGAGGAUCAUCAGGGAGGCGCAGAUCAGGAGAUCUCUCUUCAGGAUGAACGCCCCUUCACGAUCCAGCAACACUCUCCCACAGGACCUGAGGGACGCCAGGUGUUGUAACUACGAUACCAGUGGUGAGGUGUACUUCCCAAGCAAAGAAGAGAUCAUGCAAAAGUACCGCAUCGUCGUCACCACAGUGGUCACGGCUGGAAGGCUUGCCUCAGCAAACUUCCCGCCCGGCCACUUCACUCACGUCUUCAUCGACGAGUCCGGACACGCCGUCGAGCCGGAAGCCGUCAUUCCGGUGGCCGGGCUGCUGUCUCCGGAAUCCGGCGGGCAACUCGUGCUGGCUGGAGACCCCAAACAGCUGGGUCCCGUACUCAGGUCUCCUGUGGCCAUAGCGUGUGGGCUUGGCAUGUCCCUACUGGAGCGGCUGAUGACGGAAUGCCCGGUCUACAAACCUCGCGCAGACGGACAGUACGACUCCAGAGUGCUGACCAAACUCGUCCGGAAUUACCGGUCCCAUCCCGCAAUCAUUGAGGAACCCAACGAACAGUUCUACGAUGGAGAGUUGGAGGUUUAUGCUGACCCGCUGGUGAGGGAAUCCUUGUGUCGCUGGGAACAUCUUCCGACGGAAGACUUCCCAGUGAUUUUCCACGGCGUGGAGGGAGAGGAUAAGAGAGAGGGGAACAGCCCGUCCUUCUUUAACGCCAGAGAAGUCGCCACAGUCCUGGACUACGUCCAUGAGCUUCUGAACAGCCGCGGGACUGUCCGUGUCAACAAGAGGGACAUCGGCAUCAUCUCUCCCUACCGCAGACAGGUUCAGAAGAUCCAGCAGCAACUCCGGCAGCAGUACCCCACUGACCACGCCCAGCUAAAGGUGGGGUCUGUUGAGGAGUUCCAGGGUCAGGAGAGGCUGGUCAUCAUCGUCACCACUGUCAGGAGCCCCAAGCUCGAAUUCCUCCGCCUAGACAAGGAAUACAACCUGGGCUUUCUUAAUAAUCCCAAGCGCUUCAACGUGGCCAUAACCAGAGCCAAGGCCCUGCUGAUUGUUGUGGGAAACCCGCACACACUCUGUCGAGACGAGCACUGGAAGAAGUUGGUUUUCCUGCUUUCCUCAGUCCCUCUCAAAGAAAGAGUUGUCAAAGUUUCACAAAAACAGGAAAACAAAUAG